UCCGCUCAGGUUACCACGCCUCGGCGGACCCACCAGGGCUCGGAGAAUCACCAGAGCUGGAGGAUGAAGGUCGGGAGGUCUCCAGUAGUCCUUCUGCUCCUUUCCGGGGCUCUGGUGCUGACCGAGACCUGGGCUGGUCCCCACUCCCUGAGAUAUUUUUACACCGCCAUGUCCCGGCCCGCCCGCGGGGAGCCCCACUUCGUCGCCGUCGGCUACGUGGAUGACACACAGUUCGUGCGGUUCGACAGCGACUCUACGAGUCCGAUGAUGGAGCCGCGGGCACCGUGGAUGGAGCAGCCGUGGGUAGAGCAGGAGGACCCGCGGUAUUGGGACGUAGAGACGGGGAAUGUUAAGGAAACCGCACAGAAUUUCCGAUUGAACCUGGACAAACUGCGCUCUUUCUACAACCAGAGCGAGGACGAGUCUCACACCUUCCAGUGGACGUACGGCUGCAAAAUGCGGGCGGACGGCAGCUUCCUCCGCGGUUAUGACCAGUUUGCGUACGACGGCGCUGACUACAUUGCUUUGAACGAGGACCUGCGCUCUUGGACCGCGGCCGAUAGGACAGCUCAGAUCUCCCAGCGCAUAUAUGAGGAUGUGCAUGAGGCGGAGGUCCAGAGGAACUACCUGGAGAGGGAGUGCAUAAAGUGGCUCAGCAGAUACCUAGAAAAAGGGAAGGAGACUCUGCAGCGCUCAGAUCCUCCAGAGACACGCGUGACCCACCACCGCAUCUCUGAGCGUGAGGCCACCCUGAGGUGCUGGGCCCGGGGCUUCUACCCCGCGGACAUCAGCCUGACCUGGCAGCGCGACGGGGAGGACCAGACCCAGGACAUGGAGCUUGUGGAGACGCGGCCGGCGGGGGACGGGACCUUCCAGAAGUGGGCGGCCGUGGUGGUGCCCCCCGGGGAGGAGCAGAGAUACACGUGCCGCGUGCAGCACGAGGGGCUGCCCGAGCCGCUGACCCUGAGAUGGGAGCCGCCCCCUCAGACCACCUUCAUCAUCGUGGGAGUCGUUGUAGGCCUGGUCCUGCUUGGAGCUGUGGCGGCUGGAGCCGUGUUGUGGGGGAGGAGGCGCUCAGGUGGAAAGGGAGGGAGCUACGCGCAGGCUGCCAGCAGUGACAGUGCCCAGGGCUCUGAUGUGUCUCUCAUGGCUUGUAGAGCAUGAGACAGCUGCCUUGUUGGGGGAUAAGUGAUGGAAGAUUCUUCACAAACACACCUGCUAACUGCUAUUUGUGACUUCAGGAACAUCACACUUCUCUUUCUGCAAAGGGCAUCUGAAUAAAUCUGUGUUCCUAUCAGCAAAAUGUGAGGAGGUGGGAGGCUGGCCUGCCACACCCCCUCCCCAUACUUUCUCGUUCCAGCAGAGGUGGGGCUGGCCCUCUGCAUCCCUGUCUGUACUUGGUGAUGCAUUGGGCUGCAACUUCUUACUCCCUUAUUGAAAACAGACUCUGUAUAUGAAACAAGAAUUUGUUUUUUCACUUCUUGCCAUUAAGGGCUGAUGGGACUCAGCCAGACUCUGAAUCACUAUCAUCAGUGAUAUAGCUCAGGGUGGGGAAUGGUUUUAAAUCUACAUUUAAAUAUGUUUUGCAUUUCUCUUCAGAAGAAAAAUAUAUUGAGACAUUAUGUUGGGAGUUACCAUGCGGCAGAGUCAGGUGGAAUGUUUAGGAGUGGGUCCCAGGUCACCAUGAUAAAAUCUCUGAUGUUUGUUCUCUGAAACUAUUCCCCAGAUACAUUUCUGGGGAAACAAACAAUGUUUCCUCCCCAGCAACAAACAAUGUUUGUUGCUGGGGAGCAAACAAUGGCGUCCCAAUUAUUUUCUUAUAUACAUAUAAAAUAGUAUAUGUAUGAUAUUGGGGUCUAAUGCUAUUUUGGGGAAAGCCACAGAACAGUCUCGAGGACACAGCCAGGAACAGAUUCACAGUCCAGCCUGGGUCAGGUCCCACCCACGAACCACUGCCCUGCUGCUGGGCACAGAUGUCACCACUCGCACAACUGACUCCCCUGACGCUGGACUCUGGACCUGCGGUAAGGACUGCUGUCUCUGCUGCUCCAGCACCUGGACGCUGUUGCUGCCACUCCUGCCACCCUUACCAAGUGCACUGUGCACAGUGCCAGCCUCUCUCUGUCACCACAUCCUGAAGUAGAGUGGCAUGUGGUCACCUGACUGGUGGAGCCUUGUGCUGUGUCCAGAUGCACGAAUGUUGAGGGAUGUGGGUUUCCCUCUUUUAUGGAGGGAUGUUGGUCUCUGCCUCUGACCAAGACUCUUCAUGAGUGGAAUUCUUUCCAUGAGGAAGAGAGUUCAGGUGCUGCUGGGGUGAAAGAUGGAAAAGAAAGACGAGUUUCAAUUCUUGGAGCAAAGAUCUGAGAUCGAAAUUUCUGGUACUUUUCAGGCACUCAGGUUUUGCUGGAAGAACAGUGACUAAUAAAUGCCAUAUUUCCACUCAUUCUCUUGAUUCUGUGUUACUAG